UUUCUCAAGGCAACAAAGAUCAGGGUCUCAAUCAAGAAAUUUCCCCCAAGACAUAAAACUAGAGAUAUCAUCAAUUGCAAAUGUCAAGACCCAAAAUUCUUGCUGCCUUGCUCUUGAUAGCCUUGGUUCAUGGAAUCAUCCUCUCCGCCGCUCAGGCCCGGGUGUUUCAUUCCACCCCAAGACAUAAACUGAGAAAGAGGCACGCGGGACCGUUCCCGGCAAACGUUACCCAUCCAUUGCCGGUGCCUUUCAUCCCCACAUACGACCUGGAGCAGCAAGAAUAUGUCACCGCUCACAAUGAUCUGAGGCGGAUUUUGGGAAUGCCCCCACUGCAAUGGGAUCCUAACCUCACGUUGGCCGCCCAUUUUUGGGCGUUGGAGCGCCAGAGCGACUGCAACUACAGGAGUCAUUCCUCUCCCAUGAACCAUCUGGGGGAGAACAUUUUCUGGAUGCAGUACAAGGAGUUUACUCCUGCGUCCGUGGUGGAAAAAUGGUUCAGCGAGCAGCGAUUCUUCGACCACACAACCAAUCGGUGCAAAUGUCCGUUCGAAACUGAUGAAUGCGAGUGCGGGCAUUACCUUAACGUCGUGUGGAAAACUACCCAGAGGGUUGGGUGCAGCUCCGCUGUCUAUUGCGCCGGAGAAAAAGGACUCCUCGUGGUCUGUAACUAUGAACCCGCUGGAAAUAUUGUGGGCGUCAACCCAUUCAAUCCUGGUGCACCAUAAGACUUCUCGUUUGAUCGGCCGUCGCAUCAACUCGUUGGAAGAAAAAUGGAUGACAGUUCCAAAGCUUAUUCACAAAUCACAAACGGUAUUGGCUCGUACUUUUUCUUCAUUGGUGCAAUUGUUCUGUGUCUUCGGGCCUUUAAAUCCAACGCCUGGUUUCUGGAAAUGCAUACUCCCUAAAAUUUUCCCUUUAACUAGCUUAUACGCUUUGCAGCAAUGACCUGUUUGGAUGGUGAGAAUUCUGAUCCUCUGUCGUUUCUCGCAAAUGUAUCACAAUCAAUUUCUUACCUAAAUCUAUGAAGUACUUCCAAUCGUUUCAUUCCAUCCGGUACAAUCGCGUAACCGUUUUUAGACAUGAUAAGUUGUUUAUGCACUGAAUUCUCUGAUGCUGAAGUGUUAUCCUGUGUCAGGCUUCUUCGAAAGGUUUAAAUUUUGA